AUGGAUUUAUGCUAUUACCUGCAUUUUUUACAUUUUAAAGCCGAUAAAGUCAACUUUUGUGGUUCAGUUACAGCAAUUUCACGGCUAAGAUUGUCACCAUCUGAUUCAACUUCAAUUAAUCAUAAAAAAUCGAGAUCAAAACCACGUAAUGGUGAGCAUGAUUCACGGAGAGAAAGAAAAUUAUCUAAUAAUCAUAAUAGCGCAUCACACAGAAGGGGUGGUGAAGAAGAUCGCGAAGGUCGCAGAAUUGAUCGUGGUCCAUCAAAAAGACAUCGUUCACGUUCUUCUCCUCCUCCUCCUGCAUCGAAAACGACCGAUUUACAUAGAGGUUCAUCCACUAGAGCGAGACAAACCGAUCGUGAACGAGAUCGUGGGGAUCAUCGUGAAGAAAAGCAUUCAAAUAAUGAUUCAAUAAGUAAAAACAAGGGAUCCUCCGUGGGCGUUCAUCGCUCAAAGACUACACCAUCAAACCAAACACACCAAAAUUCAACACCUCUUGCUAAUUUAAAUAGAAGUAGCAGUAGCAGGCAUAAACCAAUUGACUUAAUUUCCCAUGCUGAUACAGAAUCAACCACUUCCUCCUCGGAUGUUCCAUUGGGUGAUAGGUUACCCUUAGCUAUGUUGGCAAAGUUACCACCAUCAGGCCAAUUAAAUUCUUGGAAACCUACCGAACUUAAUGUCAUUAAUGAUGAGGACGACGAUACAACUCCUUUAGGUCGAAUUAGCUCCAGUAAAACCGAUUCGUUUCGUGCGGCAUCAACUUCUUCGCACACUCGUCUGUUAUCUGCUGAUAAAUCAUUAUCGGAAAAGGUUGAAUAUGGUAUGGAUGAUAAAUAUGAGUCGGUGUUGGAUGAAGUACUUGGCAUAGCUGACUAUUUAAAUUCCGAAAAAGGAAGUAGCUAUAAAGGUUCCGAAGAUAAUUACCCUAUUGGUAAAACGUUCUUACAACGAAAAGAAAAGUGA